GUUCACGAAGCCCUGUCAGCAUGGCGACAUGUGCCCUUCGGAUAGAGACGUCGGCGAUGUCAACGCGCUCUUGCAGCAUCGGUGGCCCCGGCGCGUUCGGCAGCGCCGCCGUCGCCGCCCCCGCUUCCACCGACAGCGUCGCUUCCAUCCCCAUUACUAUGGAAGGUAUUAUGGCGCCCGGACUACAUCCACGACAACCGUGGCAGGGUUGUGCGGCGAUGAGUUCCCGGACAUGAUCAUCACGGGUGUCAUCGAUGGUCCUCUGCCGGAGGGGGAGCCCAAGGCCAUGGAAUUGUACGUGGUCCGAGACAUUCCGGACUUGACCAUCUGGGGGUUGGAGUUGGCGAGUAACGGAGCCAAUUCCACGGGCAGUCCUAGCUUCACUUUCCCGUCUGGCACAGCCGCAGCUGGAGAUUUCAUUUACGUCGCGACCGAGACCACGAACUUCAAUGCAUUUUUUGGUUUCGACCCCAACUUCACGAACAUUGUCCUCAAUGUCAACGGUAACGAUGCGCUCUUGCUCUACGAGUCCAACGUGGCCGUCGACUUCUUCGGGCAAGCAGGUCAGGAUGGGACUGGACAGCCCUGGGCGUACACAGAUUCUUGGGGGUAUCGAAGGUCGGUGGUCCCGAGUGGCUCAGGCUUUGAAGUGGCCGACUGGACAUUUCCGGGCAUAAACGCACUGGAUGGUGAAACCAGCAAUGCUAAUGCAACCACACCGUUCCCUCUGCAGACAUUUGCGUGUCCUGGUCCAUCCACCACC